AAUCGUGAUUUUUUUAAGACAAAUUGAAGAAGAAAAUAUUCAAGAUCAAAUCAGCAUCAUCAUUAAACGCAUGAGCAUACAAUUGUAUGAUCGAUAAUAAAGCAAGUAUUAAAAAAGAGAAAAAAAUCUGGCCAUCACAUUUUUAUUCGAUGCAUACGCAUAAAAUCGUAUAUAUACGACAAUAUCAAUAAUAUCUUCAUCGUUGUCGUUGUUAUUUGCUAUAUGAAUUUUUUUUUUAUUUGUUUAAUCAACAAAAUCUAUAUAUAUAUUUUGAUUUGAAUUGAUCAUUUGACAUUUAUUAACAUCGAAAUAAUCAUCAUUUAUCAUGGCAACUACUGUUCAACGUCGUGUACUUGUUUAUGGUGGUAAAGGUGCCUUAGGUUCUGUUUGUGUGGAAUUUUUUCGUAAACAAAAUUGGUGGGUCAGUUCAAUCGAUCUACAUGAAAAUGAUCAAGCCGAUUCGAAUAUUUUAAUUAAUGCCAAUUCAACAUCAUUAGUUGAUCAGGAAACGGAUGUUAUACAACAUUUGACCAAAAUAUUGGGUGAUGAUAAAUUGGAUGCAAUUAUUUGUGUUGCCGGUGGUUGGGCUGGUGGUAGUGCCAAAAACAAAGAUUUUAUCAAAAAUUCCGAAUUAAUGAUACGACAAAGUGUUUGGAGUUCAUUAAUGGCAUCACGAUUGGCAUCGAAAUUUCUUAAAGAUGAUGGUUUACUUACAUUAACCGGUGCUAAAGCUGCUUUAGAACCGACACCAGGAAUGAUCGGUUAUGGUAUGGCUAAAUCGGCUGUACAUCAUCUUGUGUCAAGUUUAGCACAGGAAAAAGGUGGCCUUCCUGUCAACAGUUCAGUGUUGGCCAUAUUACCAGUUACAUUGGAUACACCGAUGAAUCGAAAAUUUAUGCCAAAUGCUGAUUUCAGUGAAUGGACACCAUUAACAUUUGUCGCUGAUUUAUUUGUUAAAUGGACAACAUGUCCACAGGAACGACCAAAAUCUGGUUCAUUGGUACAAUUAUUGACUGAAAAAGGAAUUACUACCAUUAAACUUGCUUAAAUGAUGUUGUUGACGAUGAUGAUGAUGAUUGUGAAAUUGUCGAUGAAGAUAUAUUCAUGAAAAGCUAGCAUAUUUUCGCCACGAUGAUUUCUUUGUUGAUUCCAAUUUUUCUUUCAAUAAUAUUUCUGCUAUAAAUUCUUUUAGCUCACGA